UUAUUUACUUUGGAAGAAAUACUUUUGUUGGAACUACAUUUUUGACUAGAGGUAGACCACAAAAUCCUGCUGAGCAGGUUUGUUCAGAAACUCAGCAGAAGUUUCUGCACAAUAGAAAGGAGGAAAUAUCCUUUCUCAUUCAGGGCAUCAUCAGAUAGAAUGAUGGCCAUUCUCUGGUCACCUGAGCCAAACAAGACCAGCGUCCAUAAUGAGAGCCUGCAGUACCUGCUCAUUUUGUGCUGCAAAGUGGCUUUGAACACACUAAUUUUGUCCUUCUGGAUGCGAAGUAUUCACAAGUCAUUCCUGGGGCUCUGCAGCAUCUCUGUGUAUGUGGCAGAUGCACUACUGGUCGGUGCCAUCACCUGUGCAUGUUUCUUAAGAGAACACCUACCUACCUCCACCUCUAUGUGCUUUAUCCUGGCACAUGGCUCGGCUAUCUACGCCCUGCUACCUCUACCCAUUCUCAUCGCUGGGGCAUUCGACUACGCCACAUACCCACACCUGGUUACUGAGCACAGCUCCCAGCGCAGGACAGUUAUUUACUGCAUUACAGUUGCGGUUAUCUGGGCAUCAGUGUGUGUAUACUCCUACCACCACACCAACACGCGACCUACAGAGAUUUACAAAGACAAAGAGGUGAGAGUCUUAGUGUGUCACGUGCAGGGAUCUAAUGUUGUGUUUCAUUUUAGCGCAGAAGUAUCCAUUGUGGUGGGACUCAUACUUCUGCUGUAUUCAAAUAAGCUAAUUGGCUGGACUAGAAGGGCCAAUGAAAUGGAGCAAAGAUAUAGUGCCUUUGAUCCUGAGAAACAGCAGUACUUACCUGACAGUUUGGUUGGGGAAGAUGGAAAUUGGGAAAUUCAAGAAAGUUCCCCUCCUCUCUUUGCCAGUUUGACUCUAGGUUUUGCUGUCAACUGGAUGCCCUACCUGUUUAUGUGUGUAGCAUGUGACUUGUUGGGUUGUGUAGUGCCAGCUUAUGCCAGUGUUAACCUCCUAUGGAUGGCCUGUGCCAACAGUCUACUGGUUGGCAUUGCUUUUUGGCACAUGAGUGACAAGACUGGACAUUUCAGCAAAUUCCCAGAUGAUAUUUGUUUGUGGAGCAUCUACUGGCACUUGAGCAAAGGAACAUCACCAACCGUUGCCGCAAAGCUGUCAAAGGGACUACACAUAUUGACCACUUCACCUUCUCAAGAGGUGGAACACUCACGCCUCAGUCCCGUUUCACUUUUACUGUAUGGGAAAGAGCAGCAUCAACUUUCUUCAAAAUUUCUUCUAGUGAUCCACAGAAUUGGGCCAGUGAAGACCUCUAAUGGAGCAUUCUACAGUCUGAACUCCUUGGUUCUACAGUCUAACGGAACCUCUAGAGGUUAAAUAAAAUUUUUAAAAAACCACUGACUAUUUAUAGAGACAGACGCUUUAAAUGCGGUUUUAAAACAUCGAUAGAGAAAAGCCAAAGUAUGUAUACAAUGUAUGUUAUUAUUACUGUCAUGGUACAAUAAAUCAGUAAUUCAAGACAACCAAAGGUAGUUUGAUAAUUAAUUUGUUUAUAAAUAAUCGCUGCACUUGAGAAUUGCAUUGUCAACAAGGUGGAGAGGACAGGCAAAUGGACAUUAGCCAGAGGCGAAGCUAGAGGACAAGCAAACCAAGCAAAUGCUUGGGGCCCCUGUCAAAGAGGGGCCUCGAGCCACGGUGAGGCUGUGAACGUUGUUCAUUUGUCCAGGACUUAAUUAAAGGCUGAAGCCUCAAUGAUGUUCAUGUCAUAUAAAUGAUAUUUGUCUUGACGUAAAACCAAUGAAUUAGAGAUUGCAGCUUUAAAAUUUGUAUAAUUUUGUAGGCUAUCAUCUUAUUUUCCCAAUAUAGAAGUCAUGUCAUUGCACAAUUCUCCUAUGUAAGCCAUUCAACUUUUUUUUUUUUAGAGGUACCCCACUCCUACCUCAUCACGCAGAUUUCUUUACCUGUUGCAGCUGGCUAUCAAUUUAUAGAUUUAACAUGACAAUAAAAUAAUAUAACAAAAAUUGUCAGUAGUGAUGAA